AUGUUAUUUUAUACAUAAACAAACUGAUAUUUCAAUAAUUGAUGAAUUAAUUGAUGAAGCAAAAUCAACAAAGCAUUUCUCAAUUGAUACCGAAAAUGAUGCAUUAACACAUAAACCAGCAACAUUACAAGUCGAAUUUAUUCGUCAAACAUUAUCAUCAAUUAUUAUUAUUAUUGAAGUCCAAUACUUACCAUCAGUUAUAACUCCAUUAUUUAAAAAAAUACAACAACUAUGUACAAUAAUAUUUACAUUAAAUAAUCAUAUUUAUUCAUGGGGUUCAGCACUACACGAACUUAAAACAUUAAAUUCAUUUAAUCUAUUUAAAACAAAUAUAAAAACUCGAGAACAUAAUAUACAAGAUGAAUGCAGUGGUGAUCAACAAGCAGCGUUACAAAAAAUUAUUAAAUAUGAAUUUAAUGAAUAUUUAAAUAAAACAGCCACAUUAGCUGAAUGGGCAUGUGGUGUUGAUUUAGCAUUAGGAACUUAUUUACCAUUAGAUGUAGUUGGUCCUGAACGUACAUAUCGACUUAAAGAAGAGAAAAAAUAUCGAUCAAUAUUAAAAGAAUAUGCAAUAAAUGAUGUUUUUGCAGUUACCAAAUUAUCUUAUAAAUUAAAUCGAAUAAAAUUGUUACCAACACAUGAUUAUGAAGAUAUUUCUGACGAUGAAGACAAUACAAAUUUACAACAAGAAUUAUCAAUUGAUAUACCAUCAACAUAUGACGAAUUAAUAGUUAAUGUAACAGAUGAACUAGAAGAAACCAAUGAGAAGGAAACAUCAUAUCAACAACAAGAAGAUAUUGAACCGAUUCGACCAAUCAACAAUGAAUACUAUGAAUCACGUUACAAUGAGUCAUUAUAUGUACGACAUGAAUCUAUUGAACUUCCACCUGAUGAUGAUAUGGAUACACAAUCGAUACCUGACAUUAUGAAGCUUCAUUUUUAUCAUCAACCAAAUCAACGAUAUAUCCAACAACAUCAGGAUGAACAGUCAUCAAAUCAACAGAUGACAGUUCAUGUUACAAGUGAACAAAAUCACGUAAGAAAUUUCCAUCAUUUAGAUACAACAACAACAUUAACCAAAAAACAAAUGCGCAAUCGAAAAACAAAUCUUCGUCAUCGUGCAAAUCGUUAUCGAUUUAAAGUUAUUCGACGAGUUU